GCCGGACACCGCCCCACCGUUUUCCAUUCCACCAAACCCGAAGCCCAUCAAAGCAAGCGGAGAUCGGAGCCACGCCGCCAUGGACGCCUCCCUCCUCCUCUCCGUCUCCCUCGCGCUGGUCUUGAUCCCGCUCUCCCUCGCGCUCCUCAGCCGGCUCCGCCACGGCCGCCUCCCGCCGGGCCCGCGGCCCUGGCCCGUGGUGGGCAAUCUGCUGCAGAUCAAGCCCGUCCGGUGCCGCUGCGUCCAGGAGUGGGCGGCGCGGUACGGGCCCAUCAUCUCCGUCUGGCUCGGGUCCGGGCUCACCGUGGUCGUCUCCACCUCGGAGCUGGCGAAGGAGGUGCUCAAGGAGCACGACCAGCAGCUCGCCGACCGCCCCCGGAACCGGUCCACGCAGCGGUUCAGCCGCAACGGGCAGGACCUGAUCUGGGCCGACUACGGCCCGCACUACAUCAAGGUGCGCAAGCUCUGCAACCUCGAGCUCUUCACCCCGAAGAGGCUGGAGGCGCUGCGCCCCAUCCGCGAGGACGAGAUCACCGCCAUGGUCGAGUCCGUCCACCGCGCCGCCACCGGUAAUGAAGCAAAGCCAAUGGUAGUGCGGAACCACCUUUCUAUGGUGGCCUUCAACAAUAUAACAAGGCUGGCGUUUGGGAAGCGGUUCAUGAAUGCAAACGGUGAGAUUGACGAACAAGGGCGUGAGUUCAAGACUAUUGUCAACAAUGGGUUGAAGAUUGGUGCGUCUCUCUCUGUUGCUGAGUAUAUUUGGUACUUGAGAUGGUUGUGCCCACUUAACGAGGAGCUUUACAAAACUCACAAUGAGAGAAGGGAUCGCCUGACAAUGAAGAUCAUUGAUGAGCAUGCUAAGGCUCUCAAGGAGAGUGGUGCCAAGCAGCACUUUGUGGAUGCACUGUUCACCCUCAAAGAACAGUAUGACCUUAACGAAGACACAGUUAUUGGACUUCUAUGGGACAUGAUCACUGCUGGAAUGGACACAACAGUCAUCUCAGUCGAGUGGGCGAUGGCAGAGCUAGUCAGGAACCCCAGAGUGCAGAAGAAGGUGCAAGAGGAGCUGGACCGUGUCGUCGGCCGCGACCGUGUCAUGUCCGAGACUGACUUCCAAAGCCUCCCCUACCUGCUAGCCAUCGUCAAGGAGUCGCUCCGGCUGCACCCGCCGACGCCGCUCAUGCUCCCCCACAAGGCCAGCACGAGCGUCAAGAUCGGCGGCUACAACAUCCCCAAGGGCGCCAACGUGAUGGUGAAUGUGUGGGCCAUCGCGCGCGACCCCAAGGUGUGGAGCAACCCGCUGGAGUUCAGGCCCGAGCGCUUCCUGGAGGAGAACAUAGACAUCAAGGGGAGCGACUUCAGGGUGCUGCCGUUCGGCGCGGGCAGGCGGGUGUGCCCCGGCGCGCAGCUCGGGAUCAACCUCGUGGCCUCCAUGAUCGGGCACCUCCUACACCACUUCGAGUGGUCCCUCCCGGACGGCACCAAGCCGAAGGAUGUCAAUAUGAUGGAGUCCGCCGGGGUCGUAACCUUCAUGGGCACGCCGCUGCAGGCCGUCGCCAAGCCGCGCCUGGAGAAGGAGGAGCUGUACAAGAGGAUCCCGUUUGAGAUGUAAGCUGCCUGCUGCAUCUUGAAGUUAACUGUUGGCCGUUUGGCGGGCUUUGCUUGCUGCUGCUGGUUAUACUGCUGCUGCUUUCCGCUAGGUGCUGGAUAGAACUGUUCGUGUUGUAAAAUGUGAGGUGUUAAUUGGCCUUUUAAUCUCAUAAAGUUAUCACACGCAGAUUGUUCAAAUGAUCAAUGUAUGCUCGUGUUUUUGUAUCUCUUUUUACAUAGUUUUUUUAUGGCCUAGUUAUAGUGAACAGAUCGUUUUACACAAUUCACUGUAUUUUUUCUCGAACUGA